AUUACUACUAACGAUUGCUAUUUCUAUAUACUGACUAAAAUAAGUCCAUAUAAAAGUGUCAACAUUAGGCCAACACAUUACACAAAUGGCGCGCUGUCACAACGCAAAGGUGUUUUUGCAUCUUAUAACUUUACUAUGGGCUGCUGAAAGCGUUCUUGGUGAAUGCGAUGUUUCACGGUGUACCGACCCGAGAACCUGCAUUCUGUCUUGGGGAAAAUGUAAAUGCGCAGUUGGAUACUUUGGAGAUUUCUGCGACCAAGUUGCAACAAUGAAUGUAACGUGUGGAAAAGACUACAUUUCCAUACUAGUGGAUGAAGAGUUCUUCAACUACUACAAUGUGGGAGUUGAGUCUCUUCAUUUAACUAACACCAGCUGUCGUGGACACCGAGAGGAGAUUUCUGGAUCAACCUAUUUCAUACUACGUACACCAAUGGACCAGUACACUUCAUGUGGGGGUAAACCUGUGGAGAAGAACAUAACUCACAUUGUGUACACCUUAACCCUGAUGUCCGAUCCACCUACCUAUGGAAACAUUGUGAGACAUCCAGUUGUACACAUCGAGUACAAGUGUGUCUAUCCGUUCAUUCGCAGACUCAGCCUGGCAUUUCCCAUCUUGUCUUUCUCCAGCGAGAGAAUGUUUAAAGUUGAUGAGGUGGAUGCCAAAGUGGAGAUGAGUUUGUUCAAAGAUCACACGUACAGCGAAGCCUUCACCAGCACCCCUACAAUUAAGCUCGGUGAUCAAGUCUACGUCCAGAUUCAAGUAACCGAACCAGAAGACUUCUUCAAUCUGAAAGUGAACGAGUGUUGGGCCACCCAGUCGCCUAAACCUAAUGAUAAGUCAGGAUUCACCCAUAAAAUGCUUGUAAAUGGGUGUAUAAAUGACAAAACGACUACAUUUGUAAAUGGUACAUCACACUAUGCUGGGAGAAACGGUGAGGGGUCAACUGUCCGUUAUUCCUUUGAUAUGUUUCGUUUUGUAAACGGACCACACAGUGUCUACCUGCACUGCACCGUGCACCUCUGUACACCAGAAGAUGAAGAAUCAUGUACUCCUGAAUGUAAAUCUAUAGCCAAAAGAGAGGUUGUUUUGGAUGAACAGUCUCAAGGCCUCCUGUCAUAUGGACCAAUCAAACGUGAGCUACCUGAGAGACCUGUGACAAAUCUCCUGGCAUUGAUUCUUCCAUUUGGAGUGAUCUGGGCUUUGGGCAUCUUCCUUCUCAUCCUGAUCAGCGUUGUUAAAGCUGGACAUAGACUACACGUGACAAACAGUUAAAUAAAUUAACUCGGCUUCCCUCAGUGCAGUGGUUUGGGUUAAAUACAGAAGCUUUCAAGCUCUGUUGGAGGGCCCAUAACAUGGCCCUUAAUGUGCACUGUAUGUGUUUUGCUAAGCACGUUUAAUGAUCAAAUCAACUCGAAUAAGUGAUUCCUGAGAUAGACAUGAUGUGGGGUUGCUCAUUGUUUUCUGUGAUGCAGUCAUAAAUACAGCUGUGUACAGUACUGAAUAUGAACAACAGGUGGCAGUGAGCGCUACAACUAACCGAAAUUAGCUUAAAAAAACUCAUUCUUUAAAUAAACA